ACUUCAACAAUCUUUAUUAUAAUGAUAAAAAAAAAAAAAAAAAUCCUUUGUUUUCAACCAUUGAAAUUUGAUACUCCCUAUCGCUUAAAAAGACGGCGCGAAAAAAGAGCAGCCGUUAAUUCAGUUAGAAGGUGAAAGAUGCAGAGUCUGCCUCUUCCCACUACCCUCAAAAUUCCUUUCCCUUCUCCAAACCCAUCAUCUUCUCUUCAAUUCCCCUCAUUCACAAACCCUAAUCCCCUCACCGAUCGUUUGAUUCAAGAAAUCAAUAAUGGCCGCCUUCACAAAGCAAUCUCAACUCUCGAACACAUGGUGCACCAAGGAUCUCACCCUGAUCUUCAAACUUACUCCCUUUUCCUCAAAAAAUGUAUUAGAACUCGAAGUUUUGAUCUUGGUACACUGGUUCAUGAAAAACUCACUCGAUCGAAUCUUCAACUCGAUUCUGUCACUCUUAAUUCCUUGAUUAGCUUGUACUCCAAGUGCGGGCAAUGGGAGAAAGCAACCUCCAUUUUUCAGCGCAUGGGAAGUAGUAGGGAUUUGAUUUCUUGGAGUGCUAUGGUGUCUUGCUUUGCCAAUAACAAUAUGGGGUUUCGCGCGCUUCUUACGUUUGUUGAUAUGAUUGAAAAUGGUUAUUACCCAAAUGAGUAUUGCUUUGCCGCUGCAACUCGUGCGUGUUCGAGUGCUGAAUUUGUAUCGGUGGGUGAUUCUAUCUUUGGAUUUGUUAUUAAAACUGGGUAUUUUGAAUCGGAUGUAUGUGUUGGGUGUGGGUUGAUUGAUAUGUUUGUAAAGGGACGUGGGGAUUUGGUUUCUGCAUUUAAGGUGUUCGAGAAAAUGCCUGAAAGAAAUGCAGUUACUUGGACAUUGAUGAUUACUAGGUUGAUGCAAUUUGGGUGUGCAGGGGAAGCUAUUGAUUUGUUUUUGGACAUGAUAUUAAGUGGAUACGAACCUGAUAGAUUCACAUUAAGUGGUGUAAUAUCCGCUUGUGCAAAUAUGGAAUUGUUAUUGCUAGGGCAGCAGUUGCAUUCUCAAGCAAUAAAACAUGGGUUGACUCUGGAUCGAUGUGUGGGUUGUUGUCUAAUAAAUAUGUAUGCUAAAUGCUCCGUGGAUGGAUCAAUGUGUCCAGCAAGGAAGGUUUUUGAUCAGAUUCUGGAUCAUAAUGUCUUCUCUUGGACCGCAAUGAUCACAGGAUAUGUUCAAAAAGGGGGAUAUGAUGAAGAAGCUCUUGAUCUUUUUCGUGGAAUGAUCUCAACCCAUGUUAUACCGAACCAUUUUACGUUUUCCAGCACUCUGAAGGCCUGUGCAAAUCUAGCUGCUCUACGGAUUGGAGAACAGGUUUUUACUCAUGCAGUAAAGCUCGGUUUUUCAUCAGUUAAUUGUGUUGCAAACUCACUUAUUAGCAUGUAUGCACGAUCUGGCAGAAUUGAUGAUGCACGGAAAGCAUUUGAUAUUCUGUUUGAGAAGAAUUUGAUUUCUUAUAACACGGUAAUUGAUGCAUAUGCUACGAACUUAAAUUCUGAGGAAGCUUUUGUACUUUUCAAUGAGAUUGAGGAUCAAGGGAUGGGGGCCAGUGCUUUUACAUUUGCUAGCCUUCUGAGUGGAGCUGCCAGCAUCGGUACAAUAGGAAAAGGCGAGCAAAUUCAUGCUCGGGUGAUAAAAUCAGGGUUGAAAUUGAAUCAAUCUGUGUGCAAUGCUUUAAUCUCUAUGUAUUCUAGGUGUGGAAAUAUUGAAUCUGCUUUCCAAGUUUUUGAAGACAUGGAACACAGAAAUGUCAUCUCUUGGACUUCAAUUAUCACAGGUUUUGCAAAACAUGGGUUCGCAACACAAGCCUUGGAACUGUUCCACAAGAUGCUCCAGGAAGGUAUUAGACCAAAUGAGGUUACCUACAUUGCUGUUUUAUCAGCUUGUAGCCACGUUGGACUUGUUAAUGAGGGUUGGAAACAAUUCAAAUCAAUGUAUACAGAGCAUGGAGUCAUUCCGAGGAUGGAACAUUAUGCGUGUAUGGUUGACAUACUAGGUCGUUCAGGAUCUCUCUCUGAAGCCAUUCAGUUUAUCAAUUCAAUGCCUUACAAAGCUGAUGCACUUGUAUGGCGAACAUUUCUUGGAGCCUGCCGAGUCCAUGGUAACGUAGAGCUAGGGAAACAUGCUGCCAAAAUGAUUAUCGAACAAGAGCCACAUGAUCCUGCUGCAUACAUCUUGCUAUCAAAUUUGUAUGCAUCCACCUCUCAGUGGGAUGAAGUUUCAAACAUCAGAAAGGCGAUGAAAGAAAAAAACUUGAUCAAAGAAGCAGGUUGUAGCUGGGUAGAGGUUGAAAAUAAAGUGCACAAGUUUUAUGUUGGUGAUACUUCACACCCAAAAGCUGAGGAAAUAUACGAUGAACUUCAAAACCUGUCUUUAAACAUUAAGAAACUUGGAUAUGUCCCAAAUUUGGAUUUUGUGCUUCAUGAUGUGGACGAAGAACAAAAGGAGAAACUUUUGUUUCAGCAUAGUGAGAAAAUAGCAGUGGCGUUUGGUCUCAUUAGCACAUCCAAGAUGAAACCCAUCAGAGUUUUCAAGAACCUACGAAUUUGUGGGGAUUGUCACUCUGCAAUCAAAUACAUUUCAAUGGCCACAGGCAGAGAGAUCAUUGUUAGAGAUGCAAACCGGUUUCAUCAUAUUAAAGAUGGAAGAUGCUCCUGCAAUGAGUAUUGGUGAUGAUAUUUUAAACUUAAAACAGGAGCAGAUAUGUCUUCUUCAUCCCUAACUUUGAUGUUGAAAAUGUCUUACCAAUAAUGAUUCUCAACCCGACGGUUAUUUUUUUAAUCACCGUACAAAAUGAAAUUUAUUGAGCAUUAACAUGUUUCA